AUGGACCCUCCUCCGGCUCCCCCGUCAGAUGUACCACCGCCACCGCCUCCUUCAGAACAUGUCGCCGCUCCGCCGCCGCCUGUCGUCGAUGUGCCUCCACCACCAGCACCCGACGCUAAUGACGAAGAACUUGGCCCCUCAAUGAUGCCCUCGAAGAAGCAAAAGAAAGGCUGGGGUACCGUCAAGCCCAAGAGUCAACCACUGGACAUCGAGGAGAUCCUAGCAAGAAAGAAGGCCGCAGAUGCCGCCGCCAUGAAGCCAAAGUUCUUGUCGCGUGCCGAGCGAGAAAGGAUAGCACAAGAGAAACUCGACAAAGAAGCUGCCGAAGCCAAGAAGAGAUCAGAAGCUGAGCGCGAUUCUUUCUCAAAGCCACAAUCCAAUGGUACCCAUGCCCAGAUCAACACGGGCAAUAAUCGUUCCAUGGAUGGUCGCCCAGCCAUACCCACUGGUCCCAGGAGUCAAAGAGGUGGUCAACCUCCUUCGGGUCCUGCUGGCUGGAGAAACAAGGAUCAACACAAUAGAGGCUAUGACAUGGCCCCACCACCUCCUCCCAAACAGACUGCCAUUGUGAAUGGCAACCAGACUGCAAAGAGACUCACUCCUGAAGAAGCUGCCCAAGCUUCAAUCCGCCAAAGAUAUAUGGGCGCUGAUCAGAAUCAAUCAAAUUUCUCGGCAAAGAAGAAGCGCAAGCGAACGACUGAGAAGAAGUUCAAUUUCGAGUGGAACGCAGAGGAGGAUACUAGUGCCAACACCGACCCGCUAUACAAGGACAGAGCUGCCCCUGCUGCACGACUGGGAGGUUACGCUGAUGCAGACGAGACAGCUGCCGAGAAGUACGCCAAAUUGCUCGAGGAACGCGAUCCCGAAACUGGCAGGCAGCGAGCACAGCAGAUCUUGGAAAUGAAGGAACGUCAAAAGGCGUACGAGAGUCGCAACGCCAUCGACAAGCACUGGAGCGAAAAGGAACUUUCUCAGAUGCGCGAACGAGACUGGCGCAUCUUCAAGGAAGAUUUCAACAUUGGUACAAAGGGUGGUUCUAUCCCGAACCCUAUGCGUUACUGGCGGGAGUCUGGUUUGCCCAAGCGACUUUUGCAGGUCAUUGAUCAAGUUGGCUACACGGAUCCCUCGCCAAUUCAACGAGCAGCUAUCCCUGUCGCUCUACAGGCCCGCGAUCUGAUCGGUGUUGCCGUGACUGGUUCCGGUAAGACUGCCGCUUUCCUGUUACCUCUCCUCGUCUACAUUUCUGAAUUGCCUGCUCUCAACGAACUCACCAAAAACGACGGUCCUUACGCCAUCAUUCUUGCACCGACGCGUGAACUGGCACAACAGAUUGAAAUCGAAGCAAAGAAAUUUGCAACACCUCUAGGCUUCACUUGUGUGUCUAUCGUUGGUGGUCACUCGAUAGAAGAACAAGCCUACAAUCUACGCAAUGGAGCCGAAAUCAUCAUCGCUACUCCUGGUCGUUUGGUCGACUGUAUCGAACGCCGUGUACUGGUCCUCUCACAAUGCUGCUACAUCAUCAUGGAUGAAGCCGAUCGCAUGAUCGAUCUCGGCUUCGAAGAGCCCGUCAACAAGAUCCUUGACGCACUGCCCGUAGGCAACGAAAAGCCAGACAGCGAAGAAGCGGAAAACAGUCAAGCGAUGCAGAUGCACGUUGGCGAACGAGGCCGUUAUCGUCAAACAAUGAUGUACACAGCCACCAUGCCCGCCGCCGUCGAACGUAUUGCAAGAAAAUACCUGCGUCGCCCUGCCAUCGUGACAAUUGGAAACGUCGGCGAAGCAGUCGACACAGUCGAGCAACGCGUCGAAUUCGUCUCCGGCGAAGACAAGCGCAAAAACCGACUCCGAGAAAUCCUUUCCAGCAGAGAGUUUGCACCUCCUAUUAUUGUGUUCGUCAAUAUCAAGCGCAACUGCGAUGCCGUGGCCAAGGAUAUCCAACGAAUGGGCUACUCAGCCGUCACCCUGCACGGUUCAAAAACACAAGAACAGAGAGAAGCAGCACUGCUUUCCGUCCGCGAAGGCAAGACCGAAGUCCUCGUCGCCACCGACUUGGCAGGUCGUGGUAUCGAUGUGCCAGACGUGUCUCUCGUUAUAAACUUCAACAUGGCCACAAACAUCGAAUCCUACACCCAUCGUGUUGGUCGUACCGGUCGUGCUGGCAAGUCCGGUGUUGCGAUUACCUUCUUGGGUCCAGAGGAUAACGACGUUCUUUAUGAUUUGAAGCAGAUGUUGAGUAAGAGUUCCAUCUCGAGGGUUCCGGAGGAAUUGAGGAAGCAUGAAGCUGCACAGCAGAAAAGCCAAAGGGGUGGAAAUAGGAAACCCGUAGAGGAGAGCAGUGGAUUUGGUGGCAAGGGCGGUGGAUGGGCUUAG